AUGGUGCAAGCAUGUCUUCAGAACGCCCAUAAUAUUGAAUAUCCAAACCCAUCACCAGUAAGCGCAGACCAAAUACCAAAUGAUACGGAACAGCAACCUCAGUCAGUCGAACCCGAGUCCCCAAGUGUUGAGCGGUUGAGCACUCCACCUUCUCGCGUGGAUCCGCUUGAAAUAACCGAAAACCCCAAUGACGAAGCGUGUGCAACGAAUGCACUCGAAAGAGUGAGGAAGAGAGAGGCAUAUCGGGGCCGUUGUAGGAGGGGUGAGUACGAGGAGCGGCAGUACACUGACCAUUCUAACGGCUCGCGACCGCCUAAUAGGCGAAAGAGGCGAAGAAUGGAGUACGCUCGAGUCCAGGAACUCUGGAAGAGAAACCCUAGCCGGGUUGCUGAGGAGGUGAUCGACGGCGCAUGUAGAGACGUGAAGCACCAGCUGGAGGAAAUGGAAGCCUACUGGCGACCACUACUCGAGAGGGUGUCGAGCGCCUCUGGACCUACACCGGAAGCCUUGGAUCGCUUACGAUCUAGUGGGCAAUACGGGGGCAAUGUGCCUGACUUCUCUACUCUUUGGCACCCCUUCACAGCAUCUGAGGUGAAGCAGGCAAAGGUUAAUCUGAAGUCGAUUUUCGUGCCGAAAAAAGAGGUCUCUGCGGGACCGAGUGAAUAUAGGCCGAUUUCGAUUGCGUCUAUACCGCUUCGGCACCUGCACACGCUCUUGGCGCGUAGGUUGCUCGCAUCCUGUCCUCCCGAUGUGCGGCAGCGCGGAUUCAUUUGUGCGGACGGCACUCUUGAAUACGCCGCCGUAUUAGACGCCGUACUCGGGGAUUGCAGGAAGAGGUUGAGGGAGUGCCACGUGGCGGUCCUGGACUUUUCCAAGGCGUUCGAAACAGUGUCACAUGUGGCACUGAUCGAUCUGCUGAGGCAAAGGGGGCUGCCCGGGCCCUUCUGCGACUAUUUAGCUCGUCUGUACCAAUCGGCAACAACACACCUUGCUGUCAGCGGUCGGACGAGCUCUCCUGUCAAGGUAGGACGAGGGGUUCGCCAAGGCGAUCCACUUUCGCCUAUACUUUUUAACAUGGCCAUGGACUUGGUGCUAGCAGCACUGCCCAAAGACAUCGGCUAUAGACUGGAGGGGGAACGUGUUUCCGCUCUGGCUUUCGCCGACAACCUCGUCCUUGUGGCGGGGUCCAAAAUGGGUAUGCAAGAGGCCAUUAGCUGUGUUGAGAAGUCGAGUGGUUUAAUGGGCUUACGCCUGAACCAUUCAAAGAGCCCUGUUCUCUCGAUGGUGCCCGACGGACACCGCAAAAAACACCACUAUCUGAGCGAGCGAACGUUCCGUAUGGGCGGACGCUUGAUCAGACAGGUGACGUGUGUCGAACGUUGGAGGUACCUAGUGGUUGAGUUCGAGGCAACCGGAUCGACCACGCUGGAAGGAGGGAUCAAUGAAGCGCUGAAAAAUAUCUCGAAAGCUCCGCUCAAACCGCAGCAGCGACUACAGAUACUAAGGGCGCACUUGAUUCCCAAGUUCCUGCAUGGUCUCGUGCUUGGGCAGGUGAGAGACAACAGAGUCCGAAUGCUCGAUGAACAGAUCCGGGAAGCAGUUAGAAUGGCCGUGGCCGCCUCCAAAUCCGAAAGGAUUCAGAAAAAAUUGCGCUGGAGUAAGAGGCAACUCCUGAAGUACUCAAGAGACGAUCCCUUUGGGCCUUCACCGUCGGUGAGAGCCUACUGGCGUCAGUCCCUUCACGCCUCUGUCGACGGAUUCGAACUCCGCGAAGCCGGUCGAACCCCAGCAUCCACCAAGUGGAUGAGGGAGAGGUGCCACGGGAUAAGCGGACGCGACUUUGUGCAGUUCGUCCUUACGCACAUCAAUGCCUUGUCUUCGCGUGUAAGGAAUUCGAGAGGACGACGCGUGGGUCGUGAGUCGGAAUUGAACUGCCGUGCCUUGUGCAUGGUUAGGGAGACAACGGCUCACGUUAUCCAGCAGUGUCAUCGAACGCAUGGUGGGCGCGAAAAGGGUUGGUUGGCGAUUGAGGAGCCGAAAAUAAAAACCUUAAGAGGACUGCGAAAGCCGGACCUCAUAGCCUCUAAAGACGAUACAGGUGUCAUUGUCGAUGCACAGGUUGCGGGACUUCUCGGUCUGCCCAAUGUGAACGCAGUGACUGCAACCUCAUGUACCGUGUCGUGGCGUGGAAUCUGGAGUCCGCGCUCCUAUAACGAGCUCAGCUCGUUAUUGGGAAUAGACAAGAGGUCUAUAGCUGAAAUCCCUGUGAUUGCUUUGAGGGGCUCUCACAUGAACUGGGGCCGAUUCAACCGGAUGACGACAGUCUCGGCUGUCGGGUCGGCUGAUCGAGCAUCCAGUGACCAGUGA